AUGGAUGGUUCUCGAGAUAUACAGACGGACAACUACCGGACCGGGCCAUGUUUCACCCAGGUGAACAACCAGAUGUGCCAGGGCCAGCUCAGUGGAAUCGUCUGCACUAAAACUCUCUGCUGCGCCACCAUUGGCCGAGCGUGGGGCCACCCCUGCGAGCAGUGCCCCGCCCAGCCACACCCCUGCAGACGAGGCUUCAUCCCCAACAUCCGCACCGGAGCCUGUCAAGAUGUGGAUGAGUGUCAGGCAGUGCCAGGUCUGUGCGCCGGAGGCAACUGCAUCAACACUGUUGGAUCAUAUGAAUGUAAAUGUCCCGCCGGUCACCGUCAGAGUGAAACCAGCCACAAGUGUGAAGAUAUCGAUGAAUGCAGCACCAUCCCUGGUGUGUGUGAUGGCGGAGAGUGCACCAACACCGCCGGUAGCUACGUCUGCACCUGUCCACGAGGCUACAUCUCCAGCACAGAUGGUUCCAGAUGUGUGGACCAGCGCGUGGGGACCUGUUUCUCUGCUCUGGCUAAUGGCCGUUGUGCUGCCGAGCUGACUGGUCAGUACACCAAGAUGCAGUGUUGCUGUGACACAGGACGCUGCUGGGCGUUGGGACAGAUCCCUGAGAUGUGCCCCGUCAGAGGUUCUGAUGAGUUCAGGCGUCUGUGUAUUGUAGGCGUCCCCCAGGGACACGGUCUCCCUCAUGGCUACCCUAAUGGACACUUCCCCAACAAUGGCAAUGGUUUCAACUAUGGCCACAAGUUCCCCAGUGUACCUAACGGUAAUGGCAAUGGGGGCAUCGGUGGCAACGGUGGAGGAAGUUUCGGAGGUAACGGUGGGAGCUUUGGAGGAAAUGGAGGAAGCUUUGGAGGAAAUGGAGGAAGCUUUGGGGGCAACGGAGGAGGACGUCUGAACCAUCAACACAUAGGAACUGUCUCUGUGAACGACUCCAUUGACGUGUGCAAACAUUUCACCAACCUCUGUCUUAAUGGACGCUGCAUUCCCACACCCACAAGCUACCGCUGUGAAUGCAACAUGGGCUACAGACAGGAUGUCCGCGGGGAGUGUAUCGAUGUGGAUGAGUGUGUGAGUAAUCCUUGUAUCAAUGGAGACUGUGUCAACACACCUGGAUCGUACCACUGCAAGUGCCACGAGGGCUACCAAGGAACACCAACCAAACAAGCCUGUAUCGAUAUCGAUGAGUGCAUAAUGAAUGGAGUGAUGUGUCGCAACGGCCGCUGUGUCAACACUGAGGGAAGUUUUCAGUGUAUCUGUAAUGCUGGAUUUGAGCUGACUCCAGAUGGAAAGAAUUGCAUUGAUCAUGAUGAAUGUGCCACCACCAACAUGUGUCUCAACGGCAUGUGCAUCAACGAGGACGGUAGCUUCAAGUGUAUCUGCAAGCCUGGCUUUGCGCUCGCACCUAAUGGACGCUACUGUACCGACAUCGACGAGUGUCAGACAUCCGGCAUUUGUAUGAACGGCCGCUGCAUCAACUCUGAGGGCUCCUUCCGCUGCGAGUGCCCACCAGGCCUGGCUAUAGAUGUAGAUGGUAGAGUGUGUGUGGACACACACAUGAGGACCACCUGCUACGGCGCCAUAAAGAUGGGCACGUGCUCGCGUCCAUUCCCUGGUGCAGUGACCAAGUCUGAGUGCUGCUGUGCCAAUCCCGAACAUGGCUUUGGAGAGCCGUGCCAGCCCUGCCCCUCCAGAAACUCAGCCGAGUUCCAGGCUGUGUGCAGCAGUGGCAUAGGCAUCACAGCUGAUGGCAGAGACAUCAACGAGUGCGCCCUUGACCCGGACAUUUGUCAGAACGGCAUUUGUGAGAACCUGAGGGGAAGCUACCGCUGCAUCUGCAACAUCGGCUACGAGUCUGACACCAGUGGCAAGAACUGUGUCGACAUCAACGAGUGUGUGGUGAACCGUCUGCUCUGUGACAACGGAUUCUGCAGAAACACUCCUGGCUCCUACACCUGCUCCUGUCCUAAAGGAUUCGUCUUCAAACCCGAAUCAGAGACGUGCGAAGAUAUCAACGAAUGCGAGUCCAGCCCGUGCAUCAACGGAGCGUGUCGCAACGUGGCCGGAUCCUUCAACUGCGAAUGCACCCACGGCAGCAAGCUGGACUCCACCAACACCAUCUGCGUGGAUAGCAUGAAGAGCACAUGCUGGCUGACGAUACAGGACAACCGCUGUGAAGUCAACAUAAAUGGAGCCACGCUGAAGUCUGAGUGCUGCUCCACACUGGGAGCCGCCUGGGGCAGCCCCUGUGAACCCUGCGAGAUCGACACUGCGUGUUCUCGAGGAUUUGCUCGUAUGAAGGGUGUUGUAUGUGAAGACAUUAAUGAGUGUGAGGUUUUCCCUGGAGUUUGUACAAACGGCCGCUGUAUGAACACCCAGGGCUCGUUCCGCUGUGAGUGCGCAGAGGGUCUCACCUUGGACAGUACCGGACGCACAUGUGUCGAUACACGCAGCGAGCAGUGCUUCUUGAAGUGGCACGAGGAUGAGUGUGGCGAGCCGCUGCCGGGAAGAUAUCGUUUGGACAUGUGCUGCUGCUCAGUGGGUGCUGCCUGGGGUAUUGACUGUGAGGAAUGUCCCAAACCAGACAUGCCUGAGUACAAAGCCAUCUGUCCCAGAGGGCCCGGCUUCGCCAACAGAGGAGAUAUUCUGACCGGCAGGCCUUUCUACAAAGAUGUGAAUGAGUGUAAGGUGUUCAACGGCCUGUGUACUCACGGAAACUGCAGAAAUACCAUCGGCAGUUUCAAGUGUCGCUGCAACAACGGCUUCGCUCUGACAGCUGAAGAGAGAAACUGCACAGACAUCGACGAGUGCCGCAUCUCACCUGACCUGUGUGGUCACGGUGCCUGCGUCAACACGCCAGGCAGCUUUGAGUGCGAGUGCUUUGAGGGCUACGAGAGCGGCUUCAUGAUGAUGAAGAACUGCAUGGACAUCGACGAGUGUGAGAGAAACCCCCUGCUCUGUCGUGGAGGAACCUGCCUGAACACAGAGGGAAGUUACGAGUGUGAAUGUCCCACUGGACACUCGCUCACCGCAGACGGCUCUGCCUGUGAAGAUGUGAAUGAGUGCCAGCUGAGUGAAAACUUGUGCAAGAACGGACAGUGUAUCAACAUGCCAGGGACGUACCAGUGCACCUGUGACACAGGUUACCAGGCCACACCAGACCGACAGGGCUGCGUUGAUAUUGAUGAGUGCACCAUUAUGAACGGAGGCUGUGAGACUCACUGCACCAACUCAGAGGGCAGCUACGAGUGCAGCUGCAGUGAGGGCUACGCUCUCAUGCCUGAUCUCAGGACCUGUGCAGAUAUUGAUGAGUGUGAGGAGACCCCAGACAUCUGUGACGGAGGCCAGUGUACCAACAUUCCUGGGGAAUAUCGCUGUCUGUGUUACGAUGGCUUCAUGGCUUCCAUGGACAUGAGGACCUGUAUCGAUGUGAACGAGUGUGAUCUGAACCCAAACAUCUGUCUCCAUGGCGACUGCGAGAACACCAAGGGGUCGUUCAUCUGCCACUGUCAGUUGGGAUACUUUGUCAAGAAGGGAUCCACUGGCUGCACAGAUGUUGAUGAAUGUGAGAUCGGGGCUCAUAACUGUGACAUGCACGCUGCCUGCAUCAACGUCCCCGGAAGCUUUAAGUGUCGCUGUCGAGACGGCUGGGUGGGAGACGGCAUCAAGUGUGUUGAUCAGGAUGAGUGCUCUGCAGAGGACCACUACUGUAACCCUAAUGCAGACUGUGUCAACACGCCGGGGUCCUACAGGUGCACGUGCAAAGAGGGCUUUAAUGGAGAUGGCUUCUCGUGCUCGGACAUGGAUGAGUGUGCGGACAACGUGAACCUGUGUGAGAACGGCCAGUGUCUGAACGCUCCGGGCGGCUACCGCUGCGAGUGUGAAAUGGGCUUCAUACCAACGGAGGACAGCAAAGCCUGUCAAGACAUCGACGAGUGUAAUUUCCAGAACAUCUGUGUGUUUGGAACGUGCCAGAACCUUCCAGGAAUGUUCCGCUGUGUGUGCGAUGACGGUUACGAGCUGGACCGCAGUGGAGCGAACUGCACUGACAUCAACGAGUGUGCGGACCCUGUCAACUGCAUCAACGGACUGUGUGUGAACACUCCAGGAAGUUACAUGUGUAACUGUCCGGCUGACUUUGAGCUAAACCCCACUGGAAUUGGCUGCGUGGACACCCGUGUUGGUAACUGCUUCCUGGAUAUCCUUGCACGUGGCGAUGGAGGAAUCUCCUGCAGUGCUGAGAUUGGAGUCGGAGUGACCCGAGCGUCCUGUUGUUGCUCCCAUGGCGGAGCCUGGGGAAACCCCUGUGAACUGUGCCCCGCCCCCAACUCCACGGAGUACAAGACUCUCUGUCCAGGAGGAGAGGGAUUCAGGCCCAACCCCAUCACUGUGAUCCUGGAGGACAUUGAUGAGUGCCAGGAGCUGCCUGGGCUCUGCCAGGGGGGAAACUGUGUCAACACGUUUGGCAGUUUCCAGUGUGAGUGUCCAGCAGGCUACUAUCUUAAUGAGGAGACUCGCAUCUGUGAGGAUAUUGACGAGUGCACCACUCACAUCGGGAUCUGUGGACCUGGUACCUGCUACAACACAUUGGGCAACUACACCUGUGUGUGUCCACCUGAAUACAUGCAGGUCAAUGGAGGAAACAACUGCAUGGACAUGAGGAAGAGCGUGUGUUACCGCAACUUUAACGACACGUGUGAGAACGAGCUGUCCUUCAACAUGACAAAGAAGAUGUGCUGCUGUGCCUACAACGUGGGAAAGGCCUGGAACAAGCCGUGCGAGGCCUGUCCUACUCCUGCUACUUCUCAGUACCAGUUACUGUGCGGUAACCAGGCUCCUGGUUUCAUCAUCGACAUCCACACUGGCAAGCCGAUUGACAUUGACGAAUGCAGGGAGAUCCCAGGUAUCUGCGCCAGUGGAGUGUGUAUAAACCAGAUCGGGAGCUUCCGCUGUGAAUGUCCGAUGGGCUUCAGUUACAACAACAUACUGCUCAUAUGUGAAGAUAUUGAUGAGUGUAACAGUGGGGACAACCUGUGCCAGCGUAACGCCAACUGCAUCAACAUUCCAGGAAGUUACCGCUGCGAGUGCUCGCCAGGCUUCAAACUGUCCCCCAGCGGGGCCUGUGUGGACCGUAAUGAAUGUCAGGAGAUUCCUAAUGUGUGCAGCCAUGGAGAGUGUAUCGACACACAGGGCAGUUAUCGCUGUAUCUGCCAAAAUGGUUUCAAGGCUACAGCUGACCACACCAUGUGCAUGGACAUUGAUGAGUGUGACCGACAGCCGUGCGGUAAUGGCACCUGUAAGAACACAGUGGGAUCCUACAACUGUCUUUGCUUCCCCGGCUUUGAGCUGACACACAACAACGACUGCAUGGACAUAGACGAGUGCAGCGCCCUCCAGGGACAAGUGUGCAGGAAUGGACAGUGUAUCAAUGGACUCGGUUCCUUCCAGUGUCUCUGCCACGAGGGUUAUGAAAAUACUCAAGAUGGGAAGAACUGUGUUGACAUCAACGAGUGUGUGAGUCUGCCCGGAACCUGUUCUCCAGGAACUUGUCAGAAUCUCGAUGGAUCCUUCAGAUGUAUCUGCCCUCCUGGAUAUGAAGUGCAAAACGACCAGUGUAUAGAUAUCAACGAGUGUGAGGAGUCCAACAUCUGCCAGUUUGGCACCUGCACCAACACCCCCGGCAGCUUCCAGUGCUCGUGCCAGCCGGGCUUCGUGCUCUCUGACAACAAGCGGCGCUGCUACGAUACCAGAGAGAGCUUCUGCUUCACCAAAUUCGACGCCGGCAAAUGCUCCGUUCCAAAAGCUUUCAACACCACCAAGGCCAAGUGCUGCUGCAGCAAGAUGCCUGGAGAGGGCUGGGGCCUUCCCUGUGAGCUGUGCCCCCGAGAGAGCGAUGCUGCUUUCAACACUCUGUGUCCUUUCGGCCACGGAGCUCUGCCUGGACCGGAUAAUACUCGUGAAGAUAUGAAUGAGUGUCUGGAUAACCCAGGCGUCUGCCAGAACGGUAUCUGUAUCAACACAGAUGGUUCCUUCCGCUGCGAAUGUCCCUUCGGGUACAACCUGGAUUACAGUGGAGUCAACUGUAUCGACACUGAUGAGUGCUCCAUAGGAAACCCAUGUGGAAAUGGAACCUGCACCAAUGUGGUGGGAGGUUUUGAGUGCUCGUGUCAGGAGGGCUUCGAGCCUGGACCCAUGAUGACUUGCGAAGAUAUCAACGAGUGCUCCCAGAAUCCUCUGCUCUGUGCCUUCCGUUGUGUCAACACCUUUGGGUCUUACGAGUGCAUGUGUCCUGCUGGCUACGUGCUGCGAGAUGACCAGCGCAUGUGCAGAGACCAGGACGAGUGUUCUGAGGGUCUCGACGACUGUGACUCCAAGGGUAUGACCUGCAAAAACCUGAUUGGUAACUUCAUGUGCAUCUGCCCUCCUGGCAUGCAGCGCAGACCAGACGGAGAGGGAUGUAUGGACCUGAACGAGUGCCGUGCCAAGCCUGGCAUCUGUAAGAACGGGCGCUGCGUCAACACGGUGGGAAGUUACCGCUGCGAGUGCAACGACGGCUUUGAGCCAAGCUCCACUGGAACUGAAUGUAUCGACAACCGAAAGGGCUUCUGCUACGCUGAGGUUCUGCAGACCAUGUGCCAGCAGUCAUCCACCAACAGGAACAGUGUGACCAAGUCUGAAUGCUGCUGCAACAUGGGCCGAGGCUGGGGCUCUCAGUGUGAGCUCUGCCCGCUGCCUGGCACCGUACAGUACAAGAGGAUGUGUCCACUCGGACCCGGCUACACCACUGAUGGAAGAGAUAUCAACGAGUGCCAGGUUAUGCCAGAUCUGUGUCAAAACGGUCAGUGCAUCAACACCAUCGGCUCCUUCCGCUGUCACUGCAACGUGGGAUAUAAAACGGACUUCACUGCAACCUCCUGCGUCGAUUUGGACGAAUGCGCUCUGUCUCCGAAGCCCUGCAACUUCCUGUGUAAAAACACAGAAGGCAGCUACCUGUGCUCCUGCCCCAGAGGAUACAGCUUACAGCCCGAUGGAAAGACCUGCAAAGAUCUGGAUGAAUGUUCAACCAAGCAGCAUAACUGUCAGUUCCUCUGCGUCAACACCAUCGGAGGCUUCACCUGCAAGUGUCCUCCCGGCUUCACCCAGCACCAGACUGCCUGCAUCGACAACAACGAGUGCUCGGCUCAGAGCAGUGCGUGUGGUUCCCGAGCCGCUUGUGUCAACACGCCUGGCAGCUUCAACUGUGAAUGCUCCAAAGGUUUCUCUUUGGACAGCACAGGCGUGGAGUGUGAGGAUGUGGAUGAAUGUGGCAGCAACCACCGCUGUCAGCACGGCUGUCAGAACAUGCUAGGAGGUUUCCGCUGUGGUUGUCCUCAGGGCUACGUGCAGCACUACCAGUGGAACCAGUGUGUCGAUGAGAACGAGUGUCAGGGAGGAACAGUUUGCGGCUCCGCCUCCUGCUACAACACACUGGGCAGCUUCAAGUGUGUGUGUCCCUCUGGCUUUGACUUUGAGCAGAGCGGAAGCGGCUGCCAAGAUGUGAAUGAAUGUUCCACAGGCAGCAACCCCUGUGUCUACGGCUGCUCCAACACAGAUGGAGGCUACCUGUGUGGCUGCCCUGGAGGUUUCUACAGAGCUGGACAGGGUCACUGUAUCACAGGCUCAGGUUUCUCAGGCCAGUUUGGGGAGGGUGAAGAGGACGACAGCUUGUCUCCUGAGGCCUGCUACGAGUGUAAGAUCAACGGAGGUGGAAAGAAUGGACGACACAAGCGCAACACUGAUGGAAAUGAGCUUAACCAGGAGCCAGCAGUGAGCAUGGCCAGCGUGGACACCCAGGCCUCCAUCCCCAUGAACCUCUCUCUGGCCUCGCUGGGCAACAAGGAGCCUCUGCUCGAGCUCCUGCCCGCCCUGCAGCCGCUGGAGCACCACGUACGCUAUGUCAUCACCCACGGCAACGCAAACGAACACUUCCGCCUGCUGGAGCGCCGCGACGGAAAGAGCGUGCUUCGACUUGGAAAGAGGCCGCCCCCACUAGGUUCCUACCGGCUGGAGAUCGCCAGCCUGCCGCUGUUUGGGCCCCGAAGACUACACCAGCUGGAGGAGCAGCAUGACAGUGACUACCUACAAGGAGAAAUAGGAGACGCCCUGCGCAUCAAGCUCCACAUCCACCUGCACUGAGCUCAGAGUGUGCCUCGCCCUGGACUGAUUCCUGAAGCCUGAGAGUUUUAACCUGCCCCCCUUUUUAUCCAGUAACUCCUCCUCCCAGCUCCCCCCUGCAAGACCAUCCCCACCAUCAGGGGGUUAAUCAAGGGCUAUGAAAAACUGAGUCAAUCAGCCCAACUCUACCACCACUUUGUUACUGUUCAUGCUAUUAUAUGUUCAUGUUUGUUUUUGUUUUUUACCCUCUAGCGCUCCCUCCACCUCUUCCUGAUCUAGCACUCAUUCUCCAUGGAGAGAUCCAGUGGAGGAGAUGGCAGAGAGGUGUGUUUGUGCUCGGACCACACGACACAGCAGACAGGUGGCCCGCAAGUCCAUGAAGCACUUUUAGUAGACAAGCAAAAAAAAAAGAGGUGCUGAGAGUGGCCAAAACUGUCUUUAUGCAGCAUGUAGGGUGGUAUUUAAAUCACUGAGCAGGAGCUAAAGUGAAGUCUUUUUCUUUUACUAUUAUAAAGAAUAGAAUAUUAAGGCUAAAGAUCAGGGGUCAGGUGCCAUCAUGGUGGUCCGAGGACUCUCUCACCUCUCUGUCAUCUUGCAAAAAAAAAAUCCAAAAAAAUCACAACACUGGGGAAGAAGGAUUAUCACCUCUGCCCCGCUCAGUAUUGUAGUUUGUCAUUUAAUGUAUUUGUGCUGUUUGAAAAAUGUUAACACGAAGGACUGCAACAUUUACACAGCAUUUCAGGUUCCUACGUCCAUAGCUGGAUGCCACACCCAUUUUCAGAUGAGAGAGGACAGCGAGCUGCGUUCUGCUCUGUUGUGACUGACUAUUGUCCUACCUGCAGGCAGCGGCAAGCAGGGAUCAGCAUGUUUGCGUGUGUGCGUGCCGUCAUGUGUGGUUACCUCAGCACCUCUCGCAGAGCGUGGACACCAUGCUGUGAUGCUGGUGUUAAAACAAAAGAGGGUGCUAGUGUCCCUCAGCAUCCAUCAUGAGCAGGGAUCACAUCAGUUAGUAGCCUGUAGACUUAAAAGAAGAUAGAUCAGGUCAUGUUUGUAUUUCUCCUUUAAGGGAUGUAAGACUUCAGGUGCACUGGUUUUUGACCUGAUAGCAGCUUUUCCUCAUGAAGUCUUUGUUCCCUCGUCAGCUGUCAGACGCUUAUAGCUUCUCCUGAACACAAACGCUGCAGGAGAACGGUGCAGUAGCUGACGGCCGGUGCUGGGUGGCUGAACUUGACAAUAAGCUGACUUUAUCUGACUUCUUUGACUUUACCACGAGCUUGAUGUCUGAGGUCUGAGCCUUGUUUACAACACAGUAAUGGUCUCAAAGGUACAUGACAUGUCAACAUUACCUAAGCUGUAACUAAAGGUAGUGCUUUACAGUGUAAGGGCACGCACAGGUGAACACAACCUCACAAAUAAAAUAAAAAAAACACAGGUCAGGUCAUCUUUCAUUUCUCAUGAUUAGUUUUUCUCUCAAAGAGAAAAAAGGUGCUAGAUAAGACCAUCUCUUACGCUGUACAAAGAAAGUGCAGUCUUGAAUCUGGAUUGCAAAAGUGACAUUUCUUUUUGCUAGGUUUUUUUGUUGUCGUUCGUCUGUCUUUUGUAUUGUCUCAUUGCUGAAAAAACAAUAUUAUCAAACUUGCUUCUUGAAAAUUAAAUUGUAUAUUUUUAAGUGAAAUGUUGACUUUUUUUUUGAAAUGUCAAGGCUGCCAAAUCAAAUACUCACAGUGAAUUCAAGACUGAAGAGCUUUAGUGCUGUUGACUUUGUUUUGUUGAGGGGGAUAAAAAGAUGCAAAACCACAAAUAAGCAAAUGAGGCAUCACUGACUGAAUUGUUAGAAACCACAGGCAUCAGUCAAAUCAAAAAAGAAAUUAGAAUACAGACUUUAAGAUAAUCAACAUUCCGAUUGUCUAUUAUCACACACUGUCUGUACAACCUCAUCAAAACCAUCUCCAUGUUGGAUGUCUUGUGCUUAAACGCUAUUUUUUUUUCUCUUAACAGUCUAGGUCGCUGCACUGUCCCACAGCCGAGGCAAUGUUUAUAACUCAUAACCAUUUUCUAACCUGGGAACCUUUGUAUACUUUGUAUCUUUAUUGUCAGUUUGUAUUUUUUCUUUUAUUUGCCACUAUGUUUAAAGAAAGAAAAAGGCAGUGUGCUGCGUGUGCUUACUGUAUCUCAGCGUCAGUGUCAAACUUGAAACAAUGCUUUCGUCAUCUGCUUGCAUCGAAGUAUCGCGUGCUUUUGAAAACAAGGAGCCUGAAGUUUCAGUAGUUGGAAUGUUCAGCACAAGCCUGAAACAUGUUCAUACCAAAGUCAGAUACGACAAUCAUCACAGUCGCACAUCUACUAGUCGAGGAUUAAUAAAUCAGUCAGCCUUCAUGAGAUAGCUUUUAAUAUGAUCAAUAUUUGUGCAAAAUAAAAACCAAAGAAACCAAACGGCAGUCUGUAAGAUCAGAGUGAUUCAUAUCAUAUUGUACACUUUUUGUCUAAUGACAUAAAUGGCAAUAAAGUAUUGUGGGUUAUAUUUUUAA